AUGCUUGAAGAGGCCUCCCCAUUACUUGGUGGACAGCAGAAAGCGACGCCGAAGUGGGUAUCAAUCUACUGGCUGUCCACCGUCGUCUUUUGCCUGUCCACUGCGGGGUCCAUUCUCAAUGUUCCUCUAACGCAACUCAUCGAGGACAACAUUUGCAGUCGAUAUGCUCAACAAGGCACUCCAACUGAAAGGCACUGCAAAACUGAUGAUAUACAGUCCGAGUUAGCCUAUCUCAAUGGCAACCUCUCCCUCGUGGAGGCAGUAGUCGGUCUUUUUGUUGCAUUUCCAUUUGGUGUCUUGGCCGAUAGAGUUGGGCGAAAACCCGUUAUGAUUCUAUCGGUAAUAGGAGCUUCACUUGCCUUAGCCUGGGAAUUAGCUGUUAUAGCGUUUCCAAAGAUAGUUCGAGUCCAGGCAAUUUUGGCUGGUCCGCUGUUUACGGUAGUUGGGGGUGGAAAUACAGUGCUCCUCGCUAAUCUGUACUCGAUCGCAUCGGAUUUGGUGACUCAAUCAGACAGGGCAUCCGCUUUCUUCCUGAUGGCAUUUUCUAGCCUAGCGGGAGCCUCUCUUGGCCCAGCGCUUUCCGUAAAGCUUAUGGAAACAUUCUCUCCUUGGGUUGCAGCCUUCGCCAGUUUCUUUGUCAACCUGAUCGCUUUGAUUCCGCUAUUUUUUAUACCCGAAACACUAUCUAUAUUAAAGCCGGCUUCUACCACCGCCAACGAUAAUAUCGGUUCGGAAGAAUCACAUCCCAACACGUUUAAGUUCUGUCUAUCUCAGUCCUUUCAACUCCUCAUCGUUUCCUUUGCGUCGCUUAAGUCUUACUCCAUAAUCCUCGUCUUGGCCACAUUUCUCACGGUUGCACCCGAGAUUCUGGGCACUUCUCAGUUCAUGGCCCAGUACAUAAGCAAGCGAUUUGGUUUAUCACUCGCUAGAACGGGCUAUCUACUGACUCUCCGUGGAGUCAUUCACAUGGUCGUCCUCCUGUUCAUACUUCCUUUGCUCUCCAAGCUGCUUUUGCAAUAUCGCAAUCCAGCCGUCAAGGAUCUAAUACUCGCACGUGCAUCGGUUGCCUUUGCCGCUGUCGGGGCACUUUGCAUGGCGGCACCACAGAUAGGGAUGGUAAUGGUCGGGCUGGCAGUGCAUAGUUUAGGGUCGGGUCUGACCGCGCUGUGUCGGUCACUAGCAACAAGCUAUGUGGCACCGCAGGACACGUCUAAACUGAACACGGCCAUUGGUAUAGUUGAAACAACAGGCUCGCUGUUGGCUGGGCCUGCCCUUGCCUGGUUGUUUGAGACGGGAAUGAGGUUGGGAGGUAUGUCACUUGGGUUGCCUUAUUUUGGUCUUGCAGGGUCGUUCGUCUUCUGCCUAAUAGAUCUAUUGUUUGUCCAGAUCCCUUCCUCGGAAGGGGCGAGUGCCAGUGACUAG